AUGGAUUUUGGUGUAUAUUUUUACCAUGGUAAACUGUACGCCGUGCUGGGCAGACGGCACGGACGCAUCCUGUCGGGCGAUAUGACCCUAGGCUCCGGAAGUUUCGACGUGACCGCUGUGCUUCCGGUGGUUGAGAGCUUCCGAUUUGCCCAGGAGAUCCGCAAACAGACCAGCGGAUUAGCUAGUCCUCAGCUUAUGUUCAGUCAUUGGGAAAUUAUAGAUAUUGACCCUUACUGGGUCCCUUCGACGGAGGAGGAGUACCUUCAUUUUGGCGAAAAAGCCGACAGCGCAAAUAGAGCAAGAACUUACAUGGACGCUGUUCGCAGGAGGAAAGGGCUGGCAGUCGAAGAAAAAUUGGUAGAGUUUGCUGAAAAACAACGAACACUAUCCAAGAAGAAGUAG